AUGGUUACACAAGAGCCGCAUAAGCGCAUGGCAAAUCACGCCAACAGCCUUGCAAGAUGGCAUUGGUGCGGAACCGUGGACACGGUUGUCGUGCUUCCAGUCGAUGGCAGCAACGAUGGACCGACGAUAGGUACACCCCAUGAGGCAUCGGUCCACGGCGGCCAACGAUGCCCAGAGGAGUGGUGGUGUGCGGAUGCGACAGUUUGGACACCGCGGAUGGCAACCGGUGACACCACUACAGAUGGGCGAUAUGCAGACCACGUGCAUAAUGAUCUGGGGUACAUGCUUCCAGAAGGAAUGUUCCGGGCGGGACAAGGAAACAAUGCCAAAGGCAACAAAACAUACGAAGGAGGCUAG